ACCAUGCCGGAAUGCAUAAUAAACGGCGUGCCGGUGAACUUUCCGUUCGAACCGUACCCGUUGCAGAAAAACUACAUGGCCAAGGUAAUCGAGUGUCUGCAGAAUAAAAGUAAUGGCGUGCUCGAAUCACCGACCGGGACGGGUAAAACUCUCAGUCUGCUGUGCUCGUCUCUGGCGUGGUUGAUGCACAUGAAGGCCAAGUUACCAAAGUUCCAGCUUUCCUCCAGCGCUACACUCGAUACGCUGCAGCUGCCCGAGCUAAGCAACGCCAAAAACAGCAUGCUCGACCCGGAACAAUCACUCGCCCAGCAGGAACAGCGGCGUGAUGCAAAAAUAAAAAUUAUCUACGCUUCCCGCACCCACUCGCAGCUAUCCCAGGCAAUGCAGGAGCUUAAAAACACCAGCUAUCUGGGUGUACGGUCUAUCAUACUCGGUUCCCGCGAUCAGCUGUGCAUACAUGGGGAAAUUUCCAAGCAGGAUAGCAACGCCAUCAAGACGAUGAUGUGUCGGGAGGAAGUAAAGGCACGCAACUGCUCCUUUUACAACCGUGUCGAGUGGGCAAAGGAUCGUACGGAGGUUACCGUGUUGCCGGUGCUGGACAUUGAAGAUCUCGUCACGGUAGGGCGGAAAAUGAAAGCCUGUCCGUACUAUCUAGCGAAGGAGCUGGUAGAGCAGGCGGACGUUAUCUUUAUGCCGUACAACUAUCUGCUCGAUCCGAAGGCACGCAAAUCGAACGGCUUGACGCUACAGAAUACGGUCAUCAUACUGGAUGAAGCACACAACGUGGAGAAGCUGUGCGAGGAGAUCGGUUCCGCUCAGCUUCGGUCAUCGGAGAUUGCGGUUGCGAUCGAGGACACGUCCACCGUUAUUAAGGCGCUCAUGGAUGAGGGUGGUUCGGCCGCAAUGAGCGAGGACAAACCGUUCGACUUUACGCUGGACGAUCUGGUACUGUUGAAGGAAAUUCUACUCAACGUGGAGAAGGCGGUGGAUGAGAUACCGGUAAUGUUCUCGCAGGGUGGUAACACCCAACCGGGCACGUACGUGUUUGAGCUGCUGGAGAAAGCGAAUAUAAAGCUCGGUAAUGUGAAUGUAAUUUUACAACUGCUCAACUCACUAGUCACCUACCUUACUACAACCAUGUCGAACAAAUUCGUGCGCCGUGGUGCUGGCUUACAAGCGCUGGCCGAUUUCCUGGAGGUUGUGUUUGCCGGUAACAGUCCAGAGUACCGGCAAUCGGUCGAACGAUGCUUUCGCGUGCAUAUUGAGCUGGAGGAAACGAAACAGUCCACCAAAGGGAACGUAAAGCGUGCGGACGGUUGGACGGCAACGAAGCAAAACGUCCCAAAGCCGGCUACAAAAUCCACCUCGAAGGUCAUCAAUUUUUGGUGCUUUAAUCCGGGAUUCGGUAUGCGGCAGCUGCUGGAUAGUGGGACGCGUAGCAUCAUCCUUACCAGUGGUACACUCGCACCGCUGAAACCGUUCAUCAGCGAGCUGAAUAUGCCGGUUGCGGUGUGCCUGGAGAAUCCACACAUCAUCGACCGGAGCCAGGUGUACGUGAAGGUAAUAUCGCACGGUCCGGACCGGAUGGAGCUAAACUCAUGCUUUAAGAAUCGGUCCGACCCGCGGUACAUUUCGUCGCUCGGCCGUACCGCACUGUCCCUGUCCCCGCUCAUACCGGGCGGGUUGCUUAUUUUCUUUCCCUCCUAUCCGUUGAUGCAGAAAUGCUCGGAUGAGUGGCAAGCGGCAGGUAUCUGGGCGCAGAUAAAUCGCAUCAAACCGAUCUUUAUUGAACCGCGCGGCAAGGAUGCGUUCCUCGCGACCAUGGCCGAUUACUACGCGAAGGUGCGCGAACCGGGUGGCCGUGGUGCAAUCUUUAUGGCGGUUUGUCGCGGCAAGGUGUCGGAGGGGCUCGAUUUUGCGGAUGGUAAUGGACGGGCGGUCAUGAUUACCGGGCUACCCUUUCCACCGAUGAUGGAUGCCCGGGUGGUGCUGAAGAAGCAGUACCUCGAUACGAACCGAACGCGCGAAAAUGAGCUCAUCUCCGGCAAUGAUUGGUACGCGCUGGAAGCGUCACGUGCCGUAAAUCAGGCGAUCGGGCGAGUGAUACGCCAUAAGAACGAUUUUGGUGCGAUUUUGCUGUGCGAUUCGAGGUUUCAAAACCUUCGCCAACAGUCACAGCUGUCCGCGUGGAUCCAUGGCCAUUUGCGAGACGGUGAGCCGAACGGGGGAUCCACGUUCAAGUUCGGCACGGUGAUCGGUGAAAUGGCGCGCUUUUUCCGCAACAUGGCAAAAGUUGAAGUACAGGCGAAGGUGCGGGAUGUGUGCGCAAUUAAGCAAGAGUACGAUCCGUGCUGCAACACGAUCAAGCAUGAUCCGGACGCUAGUAGUAGCGGGCUAGUUACGAUGUACAAGCGCGAACGUAAGGAAAGCAACGAAUCGCGUCCCUCAUCCUCAUCCUCCGAAGUCGAUAUGAUAACGCGCAAAAAACGGAAAAUUGUGCUCGUACCGAACAAAGCGGUUAAAUACGAACCGAACGAUGGCGAUGGUGAGAAUCAACCAUCCAACCUCACGCAGGACGAGGACUCGCCGCGCGCUAGCGAAUUGGGUGCCUUGUCCAUAAAAUCGGAGCCGGAUUUAACAGUCGAUCUGGCAGAUGGCGGUGAGCGGAUCGCACCGGACAAUCGGGUCGAUUUUCUGCGCGUUGUGAAAUGUUCACUCAAUGUUAACGAUUACAAAACAUUCCUUCAGGCGCUAGCGUUGUACAACCAGAAUCGUGAUAUACACCACUUUAUCGAGCGGAUUUGCGUUUGUUUUCGUAAUCCCCAGUUGUGGUAUUUGUUGAAGGCGAUGCGACGAUUUGUUCGAUCGGAACAUAAGGACCUGUUCGAUGCACGUAUGGAGAAACUCACAGCAAACGGUUGA